AUGGAUCAGGAAGAGGGGCUGACGGCCCUGGACAAGAUAGUCACUCAGUUCAGCACCUAUGAAGAUUACCUCAACUCGCAGAUAACUGCCGAGGACCUGUACUACCUGGAGGAUGAAGGCCUGGCCCACCAGUUGGUGGAGCUAGGCUGCCGGGGGACUGGCAAGGUGGUGAAAAGGGACCAUUUUGAAGCAAGGAAGACAGCAAUAGAGGCUGCAAGGAGGGCAGCUCUAGAGGCUGCGAGGCUGGCUGAACGAACUCAGAAAAAGACAUUAACAAGUGCUGGUAAAGACCUGCAGGAUAAUUUUCUGAAGGCUCUGGCAGUGAGAGAAGAAGACAAUCGCAAUGGAAAAGUGAGCUUAAAUCAACAGGAGGCUGAUGCUGCUCAUACCUUGAAGAAGCAACUGGCAGAAAGUAGUGCUCAUGGAAAAUCUGUGAUCUUCAUUCGUGAUAGAAAUUCUCAUGGGCAGCAGGUAUCAGCAUACAUUGACUAUGCCCACAGGCUAAAGACUGAAGAUUUUGAAGUCUACUUUAAUGGGAAAAAAAGACUUCUUCCAAGAUACACAGAUCUGAGCUUUUACAACUGGAACAGUAAUACUGCUGCUUGUAAUUCAACUCCCAAUUAUCAAGUGAUUGCUGAUAAUCCAGCAGGAUUGCUUUUCAAAUACAAAAGAGACGGCAAAAUUCUCAACGUAGACCCAAAAGCUCAACCAGGUGAUGAUUCUACUAGAGCCUCUAUCAAGACAGAACUAUACAUACAGGCUGUCAUUUUUGACCACAUUUUCAGAGGAUAGCUUUAACUACCAACAUGUUACAUGGUUCCCUAAU